AUGUUUGUUAGUUGGGAUUUUUCUUGUAAGUCAAAAAUACCCUAUUCAGAGACCUCAAAAAUAACAGAGAAUGGAAUAACCUAUGAUGACGUGCAUGUAAACUUCACUGGAGAAGAGUGGACUUUGCUCAGUCCUUCCCAGAAGAGGCUCUACAAGGAUGUGAUGCUGGAAACCAACAGGAACCUCACUGCUAUAGGUUACAGUUGGGAAGACCGUAAUAUUGAAGAACAUUUUCAAUAUUCUAGAAGACAUGGAAGGCAUGAAAGAAGUCAUACUGGAGAAAAACCUUCUGUAUAUACUCAGUGUGAUAAAGCAUUUGCAUAUCAGAGUCAUCCUCAAAGACAUCACCGAAUUCAUACUGGAGAGAAACCCUAUGAAGGUAUUCAAGAUGAUAAAGCCUUUGAACAUCACAAUCAUCUUCCAAGGUGUGAAAGAAUUCAUGCUGGAGAGAAACCUUAUGAAUGUAGUCAGUGUGGUAAAGCCUUUGCACAUCGUAGCUACCUCCGAAAGCAUAAAAGAGUUCAUAGUGGAGAGAAACCCCACAAAUGUAAUCAAUGUGGUAAAGCUUUUGCUUGUCACAGUAAUCUCCGAAUACAUAAAAGAAUACAUACUGGAGAGAAACCCUAUGAAUGUAACCAGUGUAGUCAAGCCUUUGCAUGUCAAGGAAAUCUCCGAUUACAUGAAAGAACACAUUCUGGAGAGAAACCCUAUGACUGCAAUCAGUGUGGUCAAGCCUUUGCAUCUCACAGUCAUCUCCAGAUACAUAAAAGAACACAUACUGGAGAGAAGCCCUACAAAUGUAAUCAAUGUGAUAAAGCCUUUUCACAAGGUAGUUCACUACAAAUACAUAAAAGAACACAUACUAGAGAGAAACCCUAUGAAUGUAAUCAAUGUGGUAAAGCCUAUAUAUGUCACAGUAGUCUCCGAAUACAUAAAAGAACACAUACUGGAGAAAAACCCUAUGAAUGUAGUCAAUGUGGUAAAGCCUUUGCAAGUCACAGUACUCUCCGUAUACAUAAAAGGACACAUACAGCAGAGAAACCCUAUGAAUGUAAUCAGUGUGGUAAAGCCUUUACACGGCACAAUAGUCUCCAAAUACAUAAAAGAACGCAUACUGGAGAGAAACCCUACAAAUGUGAUGAAUGUGAUAAAGCCUUUUCACAACAAGGUCAUCUCAGAAUACAUAAAAGAACACAUACUGGAGAAAAACCUUAUGGAUGUAAUCGGUGUCAUAAAGCUUUUGCGCGUCAUAGUCAUCUUCAAAUUCAUGAAAGAAUUCAUACUGGAGAGAAACCUUACAGAUGUAAUCAAUGUAAUAAAGCCUUUGCCCAAUAUGGUAGUCUUCAAAUACAUAAAAGCACACAUACUGCUGAGAAGCCCUAUGAAUGUAAUGAAUGUGGUAAAGCUUUUUCACAACUCAGUUAUCUCAGAAUACAUAAAAGAACACAUACUAGAGAGAAACUCUAUAAAUAAUGUGAUAAAGCCUUUUUGUGAAGUUUUAGAAAUCAAGAGCCAAUUCAUACUGCAGAGAAACCUUAUAAAUGUGGUCAUUGUGGUA